AAAAACUGAAAAACAAAUAAUGAGGAACACCCGCGGUAGAGAAGACGAUCGAGACAAAGAAACUUCGUCGUCUUCAACUCUCGAUUCAAGAUUUAGCCAAACUCUGAGAAAUGUUCAAGGGUUGCUCAAAGGUCGUAGUUUCCCCGGUAAAGUAUUGAUAACCCGUCGUUCAGCCCCGUUGGAUCAAUCGAUUUUGUCUUCUCCGAGCACCGACAGGACUUAUUCAGACAGUUAUGCUGAAAUCGAGGAACGAGUGGAUAAAUCGAUUCAGGAUGAAGUACUCCAAGACAGAAGAGCCGAUGGCAAAUCUGUAAAUCUCACCAAGUCUUCGAGUAUCGAGAGUGUAUCGGAAGAGACGCGUAAAACAACAAUCGGUGCAAGAGCUACGGAUUCCGCAAGGCUGAUGAAGUUCAGUAAGGAGUUAUCAGGGACAAGUGUCGUUUUAGAAAAGCUACAUGAAUUAGCAUGGAGUGGUGUUCCCCUAUACUUGAUCCUUGAAUAUCCUAGCGCGGCCGGAUAUGCUCCCUGUAAUUCAGAUAGAAGGGACGGAAUUCUGAGAAGGAAGAGGCUCGAGUAUCUCGACUGUGUUGCCCAACAUUACGAUAUUCCCGACACUGAUCGCACUGAUGAAGAGAUCAACAUGCUUCGUCAGAUUGCCGUUGACUGUCCAAGAACCGUACCCGACGUCUCUUUCUUUCAACAAGUCGAAAUUCAGAAGUCGUUGGAGCGAAUACUUUAUACCUGGGCUAUACGGCAUCCUGCAAGUGGUUACGUACAAGGAAUAAACGACCUCGUUACACCUUUCUUAGUUGUUUUCUUGUCUGAAUAUUUAGAGGGGAGUAUCCAUAAUUGGUCAAUGACCGAUUUGCCCCCCGAGAAAAUGUCGAACGUAGAAGCUGACUGUUAUUGGUGUGUAUCGAAGCUGCUCGACGGUAUGCAAGAUCCUUACACAUUUGCCCAGCCUGGAAUUCAACGCCUCGUCUUUAAGUUGAAGGAAUUGGUUAGAAGAAUCGACGGUAUGAACCUUUAA